UUAUUUCCCGUUUUGCUACCAACGUGACGCGAUCUGUUCGCUCUUGAUGUAGAACUAAUGUGCGGUGAAAGAACAGUGAUCUCUGCAUCUCUUGCUCUAUUCGCGAAACUACUUUUUGAUUCUUCUCGUUUCUGAGAGGUAUCUAUUCUUGAUGCGGGUUAUUUCCUCUUGAUCGAGUGACUGGUUGUUACAAGAUUGAAUGGAGCCUCCUUGUACGAGAUCAUUUCUUUUAAUCUUUUAUACAAGCCCAGGACAGGGUACGGUGUCAUCUUGUUGAGCCAGGAUUUUCCCCCUGUUUAAUUCUUCUUGCCUGAUGGUUAUGGGCACUGCAAGUUCAACAAUCUGUGUUGUCUUUCUCCCUGAAACAAAAAAUAUAGUUCCUUUUUAGGGUUUAAGUUGGUUCCUUCCUGUAUGUUAUUUUACUUAUUUUCUGCUCGUUUUCAAUUUCGUGCUCAUAGUACAUUGGUUGGGUCAUUUCAAACUUUUGUUUGGUGAACUCUCAAUAAUUCUUGCAAAUUACAGGACCAUUGGGCCAAGGGAAUGACAAGUUCAGCUUUGAACUUUGCAGUAGUGGCAUAUAUCUAUAUAUUUAUUCUUUGUAGUGUAAUUCUAGUUCUACACACAGUAACACAUUUGUGCUAAUUAUAUUUUGGCUCAUGUUUAAUCAAGCUUUCUGGGUAAUUAUGCGAUCUGUAUUGCAAUUUCAACAUAUUUAGUUUGUUUCUUCGGUAUUGUUGAUAAAGUAUUUCUAUGAUAUUGUAUUCACACUAGAAGUUUCAGGAAAGCAAUUCCUGCUAUGGGUGCGUCCAACAGCUGUCCUGGUCUUGUUACAUCAAAGGUUACCGAUGGAGGAGAAAAUGUCAGAAUUAAGUAUGCAUCAUCAUCUAUGCAGGGUUGGUGUAAGAAAAUGGAGGAUGCUCAUGCAGUUGUCCCAGAUCUAGAUCGUACGACAUCUUUCUUUGGUGUUUAUGAUGGCCAUGGAGGGGCUGAAGUAGCAUUGUUAUGUGUGAGACAAUUUCAUAUUGAGCUUCGUAGCCAUCCAAACUAUCACAACAAUCUGAAUAAUGCAAUUCGGAGUGUGUUUUUCAGAAUGGAUGAGUUGUUGCAACAAUCAAAUGAAUGGAGGGAAUUAGUUAAUCUUAGUGAUAAUAGCAAUUGGAUACAGUUUAUCACUAACCGUUGGCCCUUCAGAAAGGAAACUCCUUAUGUAGCACCACAACACACAGGAAGCACAGCAUGCGUAGCUGUUGCUAGAGGCAACCGGAUCACUGUCGGAAAUGUUGGAAAUUCUCGUUGUGUACUCUCAAGGAAUGGUCAGGCAAUUGAAUUAUCCACUGAUCACAAACCAAAUCAUCGGGAUGAAAGACGGAGAAUUCAAAGAGCAGGAGGACGAGUACUAAGGGAUAAGCAUGUUAUAUUAGAAGUAGGAGGAGAAGGAGGACAAAUAGCGAAAAAGUUCGGGAUCAGUCUGAUCGAAGGAGUGUUAGCCACCUCCAGAGUGAUUGGUGAUUUCGCAUUCAAGCAGAACAAGAAUUUACCUCCUGCAGAACAAAUGGUGAUAUGUAAUCCAGACCUUCGCUCUAUGGAGAUAGCCGAUGAUAUUGAGCUUCUUGUCAUAGCAAGUGAAGGUAUCUGGGAAUGUAUGACAAGUCAGGAUGUGGUUGAUUUUGUACACGAGGAGUUAGCAUCCGGGGAGACCGAUCUGCGCGUCAUUUGCGAGAGGCUUGUCGACCGCGGCCUGCCAUCGGGCAUCAACACAACUGCCAUACUGGUUCAGUUCAAGGACGGCACCGGCGCUCCUUCCCCAACCGGGUCCGACGACGACGAGGGCGAGGGCAGCAGAGGCCGGGACGUUGAUCCUGAAGCCAGCGAAGAGCAGGGCGUCCUGCAUGAUGAUACUAUAAGAAGAGCACUUGAUUUCGUGAGAAGCAAGCAGGUAGUAGAAGGCGGGAAAUCAUCUUAGUGCACAGAGUUUUGGGUCAAGAGAAGAAAAGCUCCUGGGAUUUUGCAGGUUUUGCUACAGUGACGGUUUCCAUUUUCCUCUUCGUGGAAGACAGUGUUGAUGUGACGCCACUGCGUGCUUAGGAUAAUAACAUUUUUACUACUUUUGCUCUUAGUCUAGUAAUGCUGUCAGUGUCUGGGUACGUUCCAGAGGAGUUUCUGCUUGCAGUCCUACUGAAUUCUGAUACAGAAUCUUGAAGGUGCUUAAUCGAGUUACCAGCACACUCUAUAAUUGCUCACAGCCUUCAGACUUUCGC